GCGACCGACGUGACUCUACCGAUUUUUGGAAUUGUGCCGUAUACCGUAAACGCUACUGUGUUGUGAACUGUGUGUGUAGAUUGAAAUGUGAGUGUCCUGUGCUUACUCUGUGGUUAUGUGGUUGUUCUGGUGAUCGGACAUAGGUGCGUGUAGCGUGCGGUGUAUGCGCGGGUGUGAGCGGGGAAUGCGCGCGGGGGCGGGGCGCUAGCGAUGCUUCGAGCGCAGCCCGUCGCGCGUCUCCUGCUGCUGUGUCUGACGCACCUCUCGCCGCCUGGUGCGUGCGACGUAGCGGGCGGCGCGGGUUCCGUGAACUCCCUGCCGGCGCUCGGCAACGCGCGACUGACGCCUUCCUUCGACGCGUCCACGCCACGGAACGUCACCGCGCUGGUCGGCAAGUCGGCAUACCUCAGCUGCCGUGUACGAAACCUCGGGAACAGAACGGUGUCAUGGAUCCGUCACCGCGACCUGCACAUCCUGACGGUGGGCGGCUACACGUACACGUCGGACCAGCGCUUCCAGGCCACGCACUCGCCGCACACGGACGACUGGACGCUGCAGGUCAAGUGGGCCCAGCAGCGAGACGCCGGCGUCUACGAGUGCCAGAUCUCCACGCAGCCCGUGCGCAGCUUCUUCGUCACGCUGCAUGUUGUCGAUUGCGACGAGAUCUACCAAAGGAUGUUUUCAGACGCGAUGCCAUCAGCUCGGAUCCUGGGCGGGCCGGACCUGCACGUGGACAUGGGCUCGACCAUCAACCUCACCUGCCUCAUACAGUUCAGCCCGGAGCCGCCCGCCUACAUAUUCUGGUACCACGAGGACGAGGUGAUCUCGUACGACUCGUCGCGCGGCGGCGUGUCCGUGGUGACGGAGAAGGGCGCCGCCACCACGUCGUACCUGCUGGUGCAGGACGCCGCGCCCUCCGACUCGGGCCGCUACUCCUGCGCGCCCUCCAACGCCGAGCUGGCCUCUGUCCGCGUGCACGUGCUCAACGGCGAGCGGCCGGCCGCCAUGCAGACGGGCUCGGCGGGGCUGUCUAACAGCUCGUGCGCCAUCGCGCUGCUGCUGGCCGCCUGCGUGCUGCACGCGCGGCUGCUGCGCGCGCAGCUCGCCAGCUGAUCGGCCGCGCGCCCGCCACGCCCGCCCCGCCCGCCUCCCGGCCAAUGAUCCCCCGCUGCGAACCCAGCGGCUCCGAGAGAAAACCUAGUUUUCCGACUAUUAACAUAUUAAUAUAUAGAUAAAUUGUAAGAUUUUUAUGAGCGAAAUGUAUCGUCAGGUCGACGUGACGUCGCGGACGUUCCCUUCGACGCCGAACGAGUCAAGAGCCGGACGUUUUCCAUCGCGCUAUGCUCAGGCGUCGUCAUGCUCGCGUCAGGCGUCUCGUUGCGACAGAAACGACCGCGACGCGACGGUUCAAAUGCAGCGAAACCGAAACCUCGCGCGCCGCGACACACGUGUACAGAAUGUGUUACGAUUACGAUUAAAUAACGGCGUAUAUAAUUUGCGCCGAAUAAUAAUUGUGCUAAUUACAGGCGCUAGAUGUAAGCUCAGACACGUACAGAAGGGGGCGUCUCUCGAGUUAGACUUUUGUAAAUGUUCGCUCCCGUUAGGAAUUGUAAAUAAAAUACUAUAAGAACGUCGAGUUGUAAACGUAUUAACGUAGCGAGUCGAGGCCGCGGGUCUCGGCGGAAGCGCUGCGAAUUGCACGCUUUGCACGGUAUAAAAUUUCGGAGCAAAACGUAGCAUACCCACCACUCACUAUGUUAUUAUGAGAGGACAUAAAGUCGAUUGCAGCCGUGACGGAGUGAACUCGAGACACGGGAGGUAUGCACGGCUCGUUUUCACGUUUUAUUCCCUCGAGACUUGUACUAAAGAGCACGUGACUCGAGCUGCAAUUCUUCCUUCACACAAAAUUAAACCGACUCGUAAUACGUAGUGUCAUCCCGGAAUCCACGACUUCAUAAAGCGUACUCUAUUAUUAUAAAUGUUAAAUUGUUUUGUCUGUUUAAAAUUUUAAAACCUAAGGUUUUUAAAGGUCGUCGGACGAAGUCGGACGUAUUAUACUAUAUCUAGGUGAAGUUAUAUUCAAUUGGAAUAAUUAUUACGGAAGAGAAUUCGAUUAGAGCUCAAGGUUUAAUAUCUUUUGUCGUGUUAAGCUCGGCUUUUAGUGUGAAUUAAUUGAGGAACAAUACAACGCGCCGUAGCUCGGUACAAACUCACUGAUUACUCCGUUCCGAAUACCCAUUGAUGUUGUUUGUGAAAAACAAGAUAAAUUUAUUUAUUCGUAAAGAAAUUGAUAUUACUUUAGUAAAUUAUUCGACAAUAUUCCGCCAAUAAUUUCAGGGAGCAAUGAGUAAGAAAGUGAGUUUGCAUAUUAGCGCAAUUACGACGACUUGUGAUAAAAUAUAGAAAAUCUUUAAAGAUAAAUUACUAUUAUAUCUAAUACUUGAUUUUUUUAUGUAAGUUCAAACGCUUUCAAGUUUCACUAUUAGCCUUGGAUUUCCAAAGAAAUUCGGUCUAACAUCAAAAAAUGGUAUUUUAUUAGAACCUAUGUAUAAUAUUAUUUAAUUUAACAACAGGGAUUUGAUGUGAUCUAGAAAAAUAUGAUUUAAUAAACAAUUUCAUGGAUGCGAAUAAAGUGUCACAACAGUUCACUCUAAUAUCCGUUAAGUGUCGCACAAAAUGUUUUUAAGUUAUUUGUUAUUUAAAAAGAGGAUGUCGACAAUUUAGUGGCGCGUCUCAAAGAGCUGUCAUUAUCACUCCCUAACAUUUUGUUAAUGAAUUUCUCAUUUCAACCUUUAAAGGGUUUCCACAGAACCUUCGGGCAGGGCAUCUCUGAGCAGGAUCGCUUGUGUUCAUUUCAAUGAACCAAUUCUUGCUUUUCCAACAGCUUUCGUUAAAUUUAGAAAUCCGGGGUUCAUUAUUUGUAUGCCAUUCGGUUAAAUUCCAAAGCAGAAUAAGAUAUUGUAGUCGCAUUUUAUUUUUCAACUAAAAUGGAACUUUUGCCGCCUUGUCAGUUUAGUAAGUUUGACAAUUUGAAACUGUAUUUUCAAAACUAUAGUAGAGCCAUUUUAAUAGGCAACAUUUGACAGUUCAACAAAAUUCAACAACGUAACCUAAUGACGACGACAUAGA